CGGACCGUCGUGUCUAUAAUUGCCCCAUACGCCCUUGAGGUGGUGAUGGUCCCUGUUUCCCUUCCUCAUUGAGUAAGCAAUCUAUUUAUCGAACCUAGAAAGCCAUCACGAGAGCAACCACAACCGCCGACCACCAUGUCCACCGAAGCCAAAGCCCAGCGGCGUGGAAAGCCGCGGGGAAUGCGCAGGGACAGGGACUGUCGCACCUGCAAGACGAGGGCCGUCAAGUGCGAUCUCAACCGCCCGCGAUGUCUUCCCUGCGUGCAAGCCGGAUUAGCGUGUGGAGGGUAUCCGCAGAGGGUCGUCUGGACGGGGGAAAAGGCGGCAUCCGCGAAUCCAAGACAGAGGAGUUUACCCCAGCCGCGUCCCAAGACUCCGGUACCGACAGAAGUGGGUGCGCUGUUGGAUCCUGGAAUACCAGACCAGGCGGAGAGGACGUCGUGCAUUCAGAUCGACGCCGCAUACAACGACAGCGAUCCGUUGCCUACCGAGAAGAACAGCUUCAUCCUGCGUCUCGCAGCAUUCUGUCAGCACAUAAAAUCCGCCGAAGGGCGUAGGUCCGACUCUGGUCGCUAUCUCUCCGCCGAAGCCAUCCGACUCGUGUCUCGCCUGUACGACUUCAUGCAGGCUCGUAUCGAGAGUUGUCCUACCGCUGCGCUAACUGAAGGGGGGUCGUCCGAGUCGAUGGAGGUGGCGCGUCACCGUCUGGCCGCCCUGAUGGAACUCAACGAGGCCUUGCAGACGGCAAACCCUUUCGCGAUUCUGGGCAUUGCAGCGUUUGCCGUGUUCGAAGUCUCAGACAGCGCGUUUGGGGAAUGGCAAUGCCAUCUAUUCGGGGCGCGGUCAUUACUGGAUUGUCACUGUCAAAGCCGGCCUCAACUGGACCAGCUCUCGCAGAGUGUGACAGGAUUGACCGAGAUUGUGGCACGGCUUGUGUGGUACGAUACAAUGGGCACCGUCGUGAGAGGGACUACGGAUUUGAUAUUCGACGACUGGCAUCGCGAAAUAUUGAACGACAGCUUUUUCGACGCUGUGGGAUGCCCGGCUGAUACAUUUCAACUAUUCGUUGAUGUGGCAAAAGGCGAGGCGGCUUCCGAUCCUCUGGGAAGCUGCCUUCGCGCCAUGGAUCAACUUUUGCAGCUGGACUCGGACACUACAGCCUGGAAACGAUGCGCCAACGCAAAUCGCUGUGCCGCGGCGCUUGCUGUGCUUGAAAGAGUCAACAAAGAGGCAGCGCCAAAGCCUAGGCGUUUGGCCAUGCUAUCCGCCGUGAACAGGAUAUGCGAGGUGGUCGCAUCAACACCGCGAUCGUCGCCGUUCCAUAUCCACCUGGCUACCCCCGUGUACCUUGCAGGCAUGAAUUCAACAACACCCCAGCAUUGCGCUACCGUGCGCACGUACUGGCUGGAUUGCGAUCUUGCAGGUGUUCCACGCUACCUGGGCAGCCUGGCGAGAUGCGAAGACAAGUGGCGGACAAGAGGCCUCAUCUAAAACCAGUAGACGUCUUCCGUAGUUUAUCUUCCAUGUUUCGGCUGUAUCUUCAGCUUGAUAAAG